AUGAGCUUGUUAGCACUGCUGUAUGUUGUCUAUGCUUUUAUCUCAUUUGUUGCUUGUUUUCUUAAGCUUGAUGGUUUGAAAUCUAUUGCUUCUCCUGCACGUGGCAUUCUUGCCAUUGAUGAAUCGAAUGCAACUUGUGGGAAGAGACUGGCAUCAAUUGGCUUAGAUAACACUGAGAACAAUCGUCAGAUGUAUAGGCAGCUCUUACUGACAACUCCUGGUCUUGGCGAACACAUUUCUAGUGUCAUUCUGUUUGAGGAAACACUCUACCAGUCUACAACGGAUGGCAAGAAAUUGUCGACUGCUUACUUGAUGAGAAUGUCGUGCCUGUCAUCAAGGUCGACAAGGUAUGACAGUUUGAACGUCUUCCACAUUCGAUUGUUACUUAUGUUGGUUCCUCUGCCAGGCUCAAACAAUGAAUCUUGGUGCCAAGGGUUAGAUGGCCUGGCUUCAAGGUCUGCUGAGUAUUAUAAUCAGGGUGCUCGAUUUGCAAAAUGGCGUAUUCCAUGUGAACCUUUUGCUUUGGCAGUUAAGGAAGCUGCUUGGGGAAUCGCUCGUUAUGAUGCUAUCUCUCAGGUUCAUACUAAGCUUUCUUUGCUUUAUGUUCCAUUCUCCAUGCUUCAGUUUGAGGUGGAAGUGGUGGUCUGGCUGCCACUAUGCUUCCUGAAUUCUGCUUAA